AUGGGACAGUUAUCCGAUUCCGAGAAGUUUUUACUAGAUUUUAUCUACGUUUUAGAUGAAUUUGGGGUGCCUAGUUUGUUAACGAUCGGCGUAGUUUCAAAUCUCAUUCUGGCUAUCACUGUUCGGAACUCGGAGCUGAAAAAGAUUGCACCGUGCUGCUACUUUUAUGCGCUCGGAAUUGUGGAUACUCUUUACUUGAUUGUGAUGGCAAUCCCUUGGUUUUCUCUGCGUCUUCUGGACAUCUACAAUAUGGAAGGGUUUUGCCAAGUGAUUUACUACCUUAAUCUCUUGACAACAUUUCUAUCCAGCUGGUUCGUUGUUAUGCUUUUAAUAGAAAGGAUAAUUAUGUGUUACAGACCAAAUAUAGCCGAGAAAUAUUUCAAUGCCUUCCGAACAAAGUGCUACAUAACAGCUGUCUCGAUUUUUGCCAUCGUAGGACAUCUAUACUUGACAUGGACAAGUGGUGUGUUUUAUAAUCAGAUUUUCAACAGAAAAUUAUGUAUGGUGAUACCAGAAAAUUCCCAAGAUAUUGUGACAAUGAGAAAGAUCGACACAGUAUUUUCAUUCAUCCUUCCCCUAGUUUUCUGCAUUUUGCUCAUUUUACCUUUAUCAAUAUACAUAUGUGCCUCAAAAUUGAAAUGCGUAGAUGGCAUUCUUCGAGUGCGUACAAAAGUGGUCACCGUAGAGGUUCGAUUGAAUACCAGGUCCCAAAGGCGCCGUUAUACGGAAUGCCCAUCGUGUUCUAAUAUGUCGAAUAUAUCAAACUAUGAAAAGGUCCAACGUCAGAGGAUACUAUUCUUUUCUCAGAGCAAAAGAUUAUCGUUAACUGCGACUGUAGUUGCUGUUAUAUUUGUGGUUCUCUCUAUCCCACAUAAUGUAAUCAAAGCAAAAAUAGUUUUUUUGAAUGGAGAUUAUAUCAUUACUUAUGCGGACCAGACUUUUCUAAAAUUAUUUGAAGAACUAUAUAAAAUCAAUUUUGCAUUUAAGGCCCUUAUUUAUUUUUCUUUACUGCCUGAAAUGAGAAAAAGUCUGGUCAAAUUGGUGCUUUCUUGCUGGCGACGAAGCAGUAAAUCCAAUAAAGUAGAGCUAAAAGACCGGUGUGUUGUAACUACUCUUUGA